AUGUCAUUUCGUCGAAAUACAAUCACGACUCGAUCGGUUAGUGCUGGUCGACAUCGACAACCCAGAUUUCAUCCUAAUAAUUCUCAUACUGAUUUACCACCAAGAAAAGACUCAUUACCAAAUGUUUUGCCAGAAUUGACAAAAAUUGUUCGAAAAUUAUUACCACAAGAAAUUCCAUUAAAUAUGCAUGUGCGAAAUGUUGAAUAUAUAGAAAAUGGUUGUGAACGUUUAAAUGGAACUUUAUAUAUGACAGUAUUUCGACUUGUGUUUGCACCAGAUAAUGAAAUAGCAACAAAUAAUAAUAUUCUCUCUGAAAAUAAAUAUAUUGGCGAAUAUGACAUUCCAUUAACGUCCAUUUAUAAAGUAGAUGCUGCUCUUACAAAAUCAAAUUCAAUUAAUAAUAGACCAGAAGUAUCUACAUCAAAAAUGGAAACCUAUAUUGAUGCAUUAAAAGUUCAUUGUCGUUUUCAAAAUAAACAACAAUUAUAUCCAUAUCUUGCUAUGCAAGAAACUUCAGUAAAUAAUCUAUCUCCUAAAUUUCAAUAUGAUCAUCAAAUACCAUCAAUAGUAGUUUCAUCCAGUGGACGAUCAAUGAAUGAUGAUACUGCUGAUUUUUGUAUAAGUAAUGAUGAACGUAUUAAAGGUUACAUGAUUUAUCGAGAUUGGUAUGAUGAAUUGAAGGAUGCUAAUGAAACACGAUGGAUUGUUGAUUCAACAAAAUUUGAUGAAGAAUGUAUUGUAAAAAAGUAUGACAUUGAAAAAUUUUUAUUUGCUCAUUUGCUUAGUUUUUUAAAUACUAGAGAAGGUCCAUUUGUGCGUUUUUCAAAUGUCAAUGAAAAUGAUGAUUGUAAAGAUUUUAUUUGGCAUUGGACUCAUACAUCUCAAGUUGAAAUUGAUCAUCUUCAUCAACAUAAUAGAGAACCAACACAAUAUAUGCUUGUUACUGUACCAGACAUAGGAGAUGUUAUUUCAGUUGCAGAUCCUGAUGAAUUUCCGAAAAGUUUACCGAAAGUAUCAUCAUCGUCUCGUUUUUUGAAUCUAUCAAAAAGAUUCCCGAAAAAUUUGCGUUCAAAUCCUAAUGAUGGUUCACCAAUGCAAUCUACCAAUGAACUUAAAACACCAACUAGUAGAUUAAUGGUGGCAUCAUCGAAAUCGCCCAAUUUUGGUUUACGUCGUAAUGCAACUGAUUCGAAUUUAAUGUAUUCUGCUCAUCAUGCAUAUGAACAAUCAUUUCAACGUUAUAAUCUAGCAAAGUUUCCAUGUAAUUUAAAACGUUUACAAGCCAGUUAUGAAAAAUUAAUUGAAAUAUGUAUAAUAACUUGUGAAGAUGAUGAUGAUAAAUGGUUGAGUAAAUUAGAUGCAUGUAAAUGGUUUAAAUAUAUUUCAAAAGCUUUACAUGGUGCUGCAUCAUUAGCUAAAUUACUUAAUUAUACAAAUAUCGCAUUAUCAGAAGUAAAAUCUCCUUAA